GAGAUAUGACCCCAUAGCUGAUGAGUGGAGACUAGAAUCCAACAUGCCAGAAGCAAGAUUCAGCAUGGGUGUGGUAGAACAUCAAGGAUUGAUCUACAUUGUUGGUGGGUGUACACACAGCCAGCGUCACCUGCACGACCUUCUCUGUUAUAACCCAGUGACGGGAGAGUGGCAGAACCUGGCACCCAUGUUGACACCACGGAGCCAGAUGGGAGUAGCUGUACUUGAUGGCUUCUUGUAUGUGGUUGGUGGCACUAACAGACAUAAUGUUCUCACCUCUGUGGAACGAUACUCCUUUGAACAGGACAAAUGGUUUGAGUGCCCAGCAAUGUCAGUGGGCAGAGCGAGUCCUGCCGUGGCUGCCACUAACUCUCUUCUCUAUGUCAUCGGUGGAGACCAGACCAGCGAAGUUAAUGACUUCUAUAGAGCUCAGGUAACUAUUUCUCACGUAGAAUAUUUUGACCCUAAUACUAACCGUUGGCUGGAUUGUACAUCACUGCCAGAGAGUCGCUCCGAGGCUGGUGCGGUUGUUAUUUGACCCCCUCCACCUCCACCACAACUGUCUCGACCCCCCACACGCAGGAGUCGCAAGCCUCAUGAUAAUGACAACCACGAGUGUCAACAUGUGCGCAAGAGAAGCAUCAGUCGUCAGUCGCACAGUCCUCGACUCCCAGCCUAGUAUCACUGAUAGUCUCAUUGUCCAUCUACCAUCCUAGCAUCACUGACAGUCUCUCAGUACUCAACUACCAUCCUGGCAUUACUGACAGUCACAGUCUUCAAUUACCAGCCUGGCAUCUUUGACAAUCACAGUCCUAGAUUACCAGCCUUUUGUAAACUGUCAAUCUCUCAGUCCUCGACUACUAGCCUGGCAUUUCUGACAGUCACAGUUCUAGACUGUACCAGUUUAGCAUCUGUGACUGAUAAUAGCACUGAUAAUGACAACAAUAGUCUUAAUGGUGGUACAGUCACUUGGUCAACAGUGAUGUGUGUCACAGUAACAAAUAUAUUGAAAACAGUGUCUCCAUCUGGCAGUGAAAGUUGCACAUAAUUUCUCUCGAGUAUAACAGUGAUCACACGGCUUUUUCUGCAACCUCUAUUGCAACAAGUCAUCUAAAGCUCUAUACAGAGCUCUGUGUAGAGCCUUAUGUCUUGAUAAAGCUGUAUACAGAGCUCUAUGUAGAGUAUUAUCACAUCUUGAUAAAGCUGUACACAGAGUUGUGUGUAGAGCAUCAACACAUCAUGAUAAAGCUCUGCACAGAGCAGCUCUGUGUAGAAUAUCAAUACAUGAUAAAGCUCUAUGCAGAACUGUGUGUAGAGUAUCAACACAUCAUUAUAAAGCUGUACACAGAGCUGUGUGUAGAGUAGCACAUCAUGGUAAAGCUCUGUACAGAGCCAGACGUGGUCCAGUUUGUGUAUUAUUGUUGUCACUGUUAUUUCUUCUAUGACUUUUGAAUUCAUAAAAGAAAUUGUUUUUCUUUUAUAUUCUGAAUUUUUUUUUUCUGCUUAGUCGAUGAAUAUUGUUGUUGUGUUGUCUACGAGGAACUUAUUGAGGAUAUAAGUCGGUAUUACACUGUAAUGAAAUUUAUGAAGACAGUUUGAUGUAUGAUUUGUUAAUGCUACAGGAGAGACCAAUUGUCUUGAUGUAACCCUAAAUGCAGGCAUAUUGUUAAUUGUUGCAGCCAAGGUAUUGUGACUUAUUGUGAAUUGUUGCAGCCAAGGUAUUGUGACUUAUUGUGAAUUGUUGCAGCCAAGGUAUUGUGACUUAUUGUGAAUUGUUGCAGCCAAGGUAUUGUGACUUAUUGUGAAUUGUUGCAGCCAAGGUAUUGUGACUUAUUGUGAAUUGUUGCAGCCAAGGUAUUGGGACUUUUUGUGAAUUGUUGCAGCCAAGGUAUUGUGACUUAUUGUGAAUUGUUGCAGCCAAGGUAUUGUGACUUAUUGUGAAUUGUUGCAGCCAAGGUAUUGUGACUUUUUGUGAAUUGUUGCAGCCAGGGUAUUGUGACUUUUUGUGAAUUGUUGCAGCAAAAACAUCUCAAAUUAUAAAUCCUAAUUCCUUUUUGCAAACAUUCUGGGUUUGAAAUCAAAUAAAAAUGACCAAGUUGGUUAUAUUUGUUGGCUGCUCACAGAAGCAAAUGCAAUGUUUGGAGUAUUACAAUAACACACAAGGAAUGUUUUGGACAGUGAUUUAACAAUAAAAAACUAUAAUGUGUAUAGAUGUGACAGUUAAUAAGUCAAAGGAAGAGUAGGACUUCAUGUGAAGGGAACUUUUUGUUACACAGAACUGCUGAAUUCAUUGAAUGAUACAGUAGAAGUUCUAGGUAUUAAAGUAGAAAAAAAUAAUAAUGGUAAUUAUCCUAGUAUAUAAACUGCCAUCACCAGCGGCUGAGGAAUUUACAGAUCAGACAAGGAUAGAUAACUAUCCUGAAAGGCUGGAAAUUCCCACACCAAAUAUUAUCCUCCCUAAAGAUUUCAAUCUCCCAAAUGUAAAGUGGAAAAAUGGCUCAACACAACAUUAUACCAAAAAUAGCUCCUAGAAGCACCCUGCCUCAACAGCUACAUACCAGGGAACUAAUAAUAAUUAAUUUGUGAAAAGUUUGCAUUGAACCAACAGAUAACUGAUUCUGCUAGAAAUGAAAAUACUCUGGAUUUGAAAUUCCCAAGUAAUGAGUUGCUAAUUGGAGACAUAACAAUUGCAAGAACAAUAUACUCUGACCAUAGCAUCAUAGAAGUACAAAUAACUAGAAACUUAGGGUUGGGGAUGUUCAGUAAGUUUAACUUCAAGAACCAUAGAACUAAGUGGGACAAAUUAACUAAAAACAUAUCCUGGGAAACAGUCAUGAGCACCUUAAAUCCUCACAGUGCCUGGAGAAGCUGAACACACAAGCAUGCAAUGUCUGUAUUAAAUAUGUACCACUGAGGAAACCCAGAAGAUCAGAUAUAGAAAGAGAGCAUAGGAGAUGGUAUAAAAGAAGAAAACGGUUUACUGAAUUGCUUGAGAAUCUCACAGCUUAAAAGAGUCUUAGCCGAGACUCUCGUACCAAACAGAAGAAGCAUAAAGGGAUAAAAGAUCAUCCAGGAUAUUGCAAGAAACUCCAAGCAUUUUUAUUUAUAUGUAAAAUCCAAGCUAAGAGCUACAUAUAGAAUUGGACCAUUAAUGAGAGGAGACUCAUACUGAUGAUGAACUGGAAAUCAGAAAUUUCUGUAAGGACAGUAUGGAGCCAUUGUUCAGCAACCCACUAAAUGACAGUGUGGUAGAGAAUGCAGAAACGUUUUCAGUCUGAAGACUGUGCAGACCAACUAACUGACAUUAGUACUAGUACUAAUCCCAUAGAAUUUGAAAACAGAAAUUGAAAACAUAGCCACUCACUCAGCACUUGGACCAGAUUUAUGGAAUUCUUUAUUUAUAAAAAAGUGUAAAGUACCACUAGCACAAGACGUUAGUAUUAUUUGGAGAAACAACCUAGAUCUAGGUGAAAUACUAGAGACCUUAAAAGCUGUAUAAGGGAGGUACUAGAGCACUAGCUAAGAAUUACAGACCAGCAGGCCUAACAUCUUGUAUCAUAAAAAUCUUUGAAAGAAUGAUGAAAUGUCAAAUUGCAAAUUUCAUGGAACAUCACACGCAGCGUAGCCCAAACCAGCACAGUUGUAGAAGUGAACAUUCAUGUUGUCGUAAGUGCUGAACCACUGUGACAGAAUUAUGGAGUCAUUGAAAGAAAACCAAAACAAAAGUGUUUGACAGAUGUGAUCACUGGGUGAUGGCACACAAAAUAAGGGCCAUAGGCCUAAUGGGGAAGGUAGACAGAUGGAUUUUCAAGUUCCUAACACACACAACACAAAAAGUAGUAGUAAACUGCAAAAUCCACCAUCACCGAAGUAAAAAGCUCAGUGUCCCAAGGCACUGUCCUGGCACCUCUACUGUUUCUUAUCCUCAUAGCAGACAGAUAAAAACACCAGAAACAAUUUUGUAUCAUCAUUUGUAGUUGACACAAAUAUAAGCAUGAAAGUCACUACGGUAGAUGACACUGAAAAAUUACAGGAAGAUAUAAGCAGUGUUUUCUGGUGGGCAGUAGAAAACAUGAUAUUCAGUGGUGAUAAGUUCCAGCUGCUUAGUUAUGGAAAGAAUGAAGAACUCAAAAGGGACACUGUAUUCAUAACUCAAGAGGAUCAUCAAAUAGAAUGAAAGGAACACAUGAAAGACCUUUGCUUUUGAUGAGUUCUGAGAGUUUUUCCACUCUUAGAACCUGGCCAUGGACCCGGCUCUUCUGGUGUUUGCCUGGUGAGCCAGGCUGUUGCUGGUGGUGGUCUGCUGACCCACGUAUCCAUCACAGCCUAGUUGAUCUGGCACCUGGUGAGGAUGCUUGUCCAGCUUCCUCUUGAAGACUUUUACACUUGCUCCAGCAGUGUUUCUGAUAUGAUAAGAUAUUGAACAGUCUGGGGCCAUGGAUGUUGAUGAAGUAUUUCUCUAUUGUGCACAUUGCACCCCUGCUUUUCACUUGGUUUAUUUUGUGUUUCCUCCCAUAUCUCACUCCAGUAUGUUGUUAUGGUAGUAUGUACAGUAGACCAUUGAUUAACAUGCAAUCCUCUAACAUGCUUUCGAUAAUAGGCUUUUGCAAAACUGCAUCAUUUUUAAUGAACAUGCUGUGAAAUUUGUUUAGUGCGGUGCAACUUUGGGGGAAAAAAUAGGUAAAAGCCUGUAUGAGAAGGCUAGUAACUGCUUUCACUAACUGCACAUUACUGUGCCAUUAAGUCAUCCAAUAUCCUAGCUGUAUUUACACAAAUUUUGAAUGUGUUAGUGAUUUAUAUUAUAGUGUGGAAUAUAAAGAAAAAGUGAAGGGAUAAUUUUGUGGCACUGCAACUAUAAAUGCUUGAAGUUCUGAGCCAUCAUAGUAUACACUGCUUAUUUAUAUAUUGUUUCUCACCACCAGGGUCUCGAGAAAACUAACAAAUGUGAUUAAAUUGAGUGAAUCGUGCAUAUAAGUAAAUACAUGCAGUGUUUUCAUAUUUGCAUCAUGUAUGCUAAAAAUGAAGAUGAAAGUUAAGACACUUGUGCAACAUCUGGUUAUCUUUAUUGUAGACGUUUCACCCAGUGGCUUUAUCAAUACAGAUUCUUAGACAUAAAAUAUAAAAAUAUAAGCAUGCUGGAGACAAUGUUUAUAUGCAAAUUGAGAGGACAGACACAAACUGCACCUGUCCAUGAGAGGGACUCCCACUAGUGUUUAUAUGCUCUCUACUUCCUUUUCAUAAUAAAGGUUAAAAAAUGAAAGGAACGUGAAUGUAACGGCAUAUACAGUGGACCAUUGAUUAACACGAGUUCCUAUACCACGUUUUCAUUACGCUAUUACAAAAUUGUGGCAUAUUUUUCACUGACACUCCGUAAAAUUUAACUAAAAUGGUGCCACUUCUGGGGAAAAAAUUUGGAGAGCUGGACUACUGGAUUUUUACCCUAUAUCUAGUAGACUCAUGGGCAGCCUGCCUGUGGGUCAGCCUAUUGUCUUUGUUGGGAAGGCUUAGCUUCCUUCCCUGCCUCCUACUUCCCACCUCUCUCUGGUCUGUACAUACAUGUCCUAUUAUUAUGAUUCUCAGAUCUGUCCUUGAUUAACUUAGCUGAUUCCUAUAUACUAGUAAAUAGAUGCAGUGUUUACAUAUUCUGCUAUGUAUGAUAAUAUAUGUAACUAUAUUUGUAUCUGUGUUUACCUAAAUAAACUGACUGACUGACUUGACUGAUUGUUCUGACUUGACUGACUGUACUGAUUUGAGUGACUGUACUACGACUUCACUACCAUCCACCUCAACCAACAAUCAACAACCAUCCACCUCAGCCCAGUAGGGACACAGCAUUCCUUUCCACUCCCCUCACAAUCAUCAACAAACACCAGCAACCACAAUUUAAGGUAAGAAAUAUUAUUUCUGUUGUAUGUGUAGCCUUAAGCAAUAUAAAACACCUAAUGGAUAAUGACAAUGAGCAACAAUUGCAUUAUCAUUUAUAUUUUUUGUAAGAUUUGGAGAUGUAAAAAAAAAGUUUGGCUUUUUGGGGGGUAACAGAAAUGUAACCCUAUUUUUCUGAUAAGUUCUUCAGUUCAUUUUCAGGAACAUAACUACCAUGGUAAUCGAUGGUCUACUGUAGUACCUACUUAUGUAUACAGCCUCUCCUCACUUAGUGAUGUACUCGUUUACUGACCACUCAGACUUAUGAAAGGCUCUCCAACCAACAUCCAAACCUAAAUAAUGUGUAUUGGAGCUGAUUUCCUCUAUUCUGUUUAUUACAAUACAGUCUCUCCUCACUUAUCAACAAAGUUCCAUUCCUGAGACCACGCUGGUAAAUGAUUCAUUGUUAAGUGAGGAGCAUACUAUAAUGGUAGUGGGUUGUGUCAACCAUCUUUGGUAUUGUAAUGUUACCUUUGCACCAUUUAUAACAUUUCAGCAAUAUUUUUAAAUGUUUAUACAGUAAUGUACUGUAUAUUGUAAUAAACAAAAUAGAGGAAAUCAGGUCUAAUAUACAUACAUUAUUUAGGUAUGCAUACUGGUCAGAGAGCCUGUUGAGAGUCCGAGUCGUCGGUACACGAGUAUGUUGCUAAGUGAGGAGAGGCUGUAUACAGUACACUAUUGUAUAAGCAUUUAAAAAUAUACCAGAAAUCUUAUAAAUGGUGCAAAAGUAACAUUAAAAUAAUAUCUAAAGAUGGUUGACACAAACCCCCUACCAGUAUAGUAGGUUCCUCACUUAAAGACCAAUUUGCUUACUGAUCUCCUCUUAGGAACAUGAAUCCCAUUGUUA